AAUUAGAUUAGUUACACAUUCGUCAGACUCAGUUCUAACCGCGCAGGACACAACACAGCACACGAAAAUGGCCCUACGGUUUGCAGUACUUGCCGCGUUUGUCGCUACAGCCAGUGCCGUCGCCAUCGGCUAUCCAGCAUACCCGGCUGUGGCCAAGGUUGCCGCACCGCUGGCCGAUUACGAUCCUAACCCGCAGUACAGCUACAGCUACGCCGUGUCGGAUGCUCUUACCGGAGACAACAAGAGCCAGCAGGAAUCUCGCUCGGGAGAUGUCGUGAGCGGAUCGUACUCGCUCAUCGAACCUGACGGUACUCAGCGCGUUGUGGAGUACACUGCCGACCCCGUCAACGGAUUCAACGCCGUUGUUCAUCGCGGUGCCGGUGUCGUCAAGGCGGUAGCCCCGGUUGCCAAGUUUGCUGCCCCGCUUGCCUACACUGCCGUCGCUAAGCCGCUGGCCCAUCCGCUGUACGGAUAAACGAUCGAUCGCCGGAAACGUUUUCAUCGAUACCUCCCCACGCACGAUAUUUAUUAUUCGUUCCAUCUUUCCUCUGAGCCCUUCAUACACCUUCCUGAAAUUCCCUUUUUGCAAGCCUGAGCCUCGAGAAAAUAGACACUUUUACUAUGUUUGACUGUGUGACUGAAUAAAGCGCAAGCUAUGAUUAAAACAAACUAAA